CUCAGCGAUCGACAGUUUAUCGGUCUUUUACGUGCAUAAACCUCAUUCAACAUGGGAAGUGGAAAGCCAAGAGGUCUUAGGACAGCUCGCAAGCUGCGCACCCAUCGCCGAGAUCAGCGAUGGCAUGACAAAGAUUACAAGAAGGCUCACUCCAGUACUGCUCUAAAGGCCAACCCGUUCGGAGGUGCCUCUCACGCCAAGGGCAUUGUUCUGGAGAAGGUUGGAGUGGAGGCUAAGCAGCCCAACUCUGCUAUCCGCAAGUGUGUCAGGGUGCAGCUCAUCAAGAACGGCAAGAAGAUCACAGCUUUCGUUCCCAAUGACGGUUGCCUCAACUUCAUCGAGGAGAAUGACGAGGUGUUGGUUGCUGGAUUCGGUCGUAAGGGACAUGCCGUCGGUGAUAUCCCCGGAGUUCGAUUCAAGGUUGUGAAGGUUGCCAAUGUCUCGCUCUGGGCUCUCUUCAAGGGAAAGAAGGAACGUCCCAGGUCAUAGAUGGUUUGACAAGGAUUACUGUCAAUAAAAUAAUCAUCAUGUACAUGUAGGCAA